AUGACGGCGGGCGUCGUCGUCCUCGUCGGCGGCGGCGGCGGGCGGUCGAGCAUCUUCGGCGGCGGCGGCGCCCAGCACGCGCCCUACCUGUCCCAGAGCGCGUCGGCGCCGUCGACGUCCGCCGCCGGGAGCGGCCUGGGCCAGAAGCAGCUCGCGAGCCUCAGCCACGCGAGCCUCGGGCCCAAGGCGCCGGCCCGGGGCGCGCCGCCGAAGAAGAAGAACAUCCUGCCGCUCAUCCAGUACCGCGCGCCGCCGCGGCGGCGGAAGCGGCGGCCGCCGCCGCGGCAGCUCCUCGAGCGCGACUGGCCCGGCGGCGCCGAGGUCCCGGCGCAGCCCGCCGACGACUUCCGCGUGGACAACGGCCCCCUGCGGCCCACGGUGCUGGCGAAGCACUGGACGGCCAUGCUCCGCGGCGAGGAGGUCAAGGACUCGCGGCAGGUGAAGUCGUUCGCGACGAAGCGCGACGAGCUGCCCUGGAGCGAGAAGGACGAGCGGCUCGCCAUCGAGUACCGGCACCGCGCCUACGCCGAGGCCGCCGCCGCCAAGGCCGCCGACGACGCCGUCGCGGCCUACGAGGCCGAGCUCGCGGAGCGGCGCGCGGAGCGCAAGGCGCGCGCGGACGCGCGCGGCGGCGAGCCCCGCCGCGUCCGCGACAAGCUCGCGCCCCUGGACACGGGCGCCGCCAAGGCGCCGGACAAAGCCCCCGCGGCGCCGCCGUCGCCCGCGGCCGGCGCGCGCGCCGAGGCCGACGACUGGGACGCGAUCCUCGACGAGGACGUCGAGGGCCGCGAGGGCGAGACCUUCGAGAAGGUCUACUUCCCCACGGAGCACUACGUGGCCAAGUCGACGCUCGAGCCCGCGUCCCCGAAGCACUCGCCGCCGAAGAACGCGUCGCCGCCGGGCCCCAAGGCGCUGAGCGCGCAGCGCGCGCGCCAGCGGAGGAAGAAGGCGCGGACGGACAAAUUCCUCAAGCAGCAGGCCGCGCGCGCGCACCGCGACCUCGGCAAGCUGCCCCGGCCGUCCGACGACCACAGCGGCGCGCUGCGGGGCCACGAGAAGCUCCUCGACAGCUACACGACGGCGCUCCUGCCGCCCUUCGACGAGGACGGCCAGGUCAAGAGCCCCGCGAGGGCCAAGAGUCCGGACCGCGCGCAGCGCAAGCACCGCGCGCCGUCCUUCGCGGCGCUGGGCAAGAAGCCGCGCCGGGCCGGCGCCGGGGGCUACGACGAGUCCUGGCUCGAGGACCGCUUCGCGAACCUCAUGGGCGGCGGCGCCGCACCGGCGGUGCCGCCGCUCGUCGUCGGCGACGACGACCAGACCGAGGAGCACCCGUCGCCGCUCAGGGACGACGACGACGCCCUGGACCGGGGCCUCGACGCGCUCCGGAAGCGCGCCGCCGCGGACACGCCGGCGGCGGCGGCGGUCGCGCCCGCGGUCGCGCCGCCGGAGCCGGAGCCCGAGCCGGCGGCGCCCGAGGCGCCCGAGGCGGUCUUCGCGGUCGGCGCGCGCGUCGAGGCGCGCUUCGAGGGCGGCGCCGAGUGGUACCGCGGCGUCAUCACGUCCGACGUCGGGGGCCUCUACGACAUCGACUACGACGACGGCGACCAGGAGACCGCCGUCAAGGCCAUGUACAUCAAGCUCGUCGUCGAGGAGGUCGUCGAAAAGCCCGCCGUCGCGCCGGAGCCCGUCGUCGCGCCGGAGCCCGUCGUCGCGCCGGAACCCGUCGUCGCGCCGGAGCCCGCCGUCGCGCCGGAGCCCGUCGUCGCGCCGGAGCCGGCGCCCGUCGUCGCCGCGCCGGAACCCGAGCCGGAGCCCGAGCCCGAGCCCGAGCCGGAGCCCGUCGAGGACGACUACGGCGAGGGCGACUACGAGGACUCCUUCGACGACUUCGAAGCCGACGAGUCGUUCCGCAAGGAACCCGCGGCCGUGGAGCCCGCGGAGCCGCCGAUCGCCGAGGAGCCCGUCGAGGACGAGCCCGAGUACGAGGAGGCCGUCGAGGAGUUCGAGGAGGAGGGCGGUGACGAGCCGGUCGUCGCGGCGCCCGAGCCCGAGCCCGAGCCCGAGCCGGUCGUCGCGCCGCCCGAGCCCGAGCCGGUCGUCGCGCCGCCCGAGCCCGAGCCGGUCGUCGCGCCGCCCGAGCCCGAGCCCGCGCCCGCGCUCGCGCCGCCGGAGCCCGCCGCCGCCGUGCCGUCGCCGCCGCCGGAGCCCGACGACGCGGCCGUCGAGGCCGUCGUCGACGCGGCGCUCGACAAGGCCGACGACGACGGCGACGACUACGGCGACGAGGGCUUCGAGGAGGACGACGACGACGACGUGUGCUUCGACGAAGACUAA